GAGAUGAAGAAGAAUUAGAAUCGAAUAAUAUUCUAUUUGUAUAUCGUUUAUAAUGGAUAUUAUGAAAGGUAUGCGUUAAAAUAAUAUACUUUUUAGAACGAUGGAUUAAAUGUGAAUCGGCGUAUAAAACCGGAUCCAAAGAUGGCCACUUUCGGUGAGUCCUCUGCCAGCCCAGUUCAUUGACCUCGAAACGAAUUUCGAGGGAAUACACUCACGUCAACGCGAUGGUAUGGCAUCGGCUCGAUGAAUUCGAAAGGUGGCAAGGUCGAAACUUCUUCUUCGUACGCGCAACCGGUUCCGUGGCUGUGGCCAAGUGCCAGGAUUUAGACGGUGAUGGGAUGGCUCGCCUAUUCGUUUGGCAUUCGACCACGUUUUCAGUAAUCUGUGGAUGGAACAACAGGUGUCGAGUGCCAGUUUUCUCGGGUAUCGGGCCGCGUUUAAAAAAAAAUACCGCACCAUUUAGAUACGCACGCGUGCUGCCCAGGCUCGAGAAACACCGUUACGAGAUCAGAAUUCUUGUUUUCAUCCGUGUUUUGCUCGAUGAACUCCGAUGCUCGAUAAGGAGAACUCGAGAAUUUCAUCGUGAUGAUGCAAAGGAAACGUUAUUCCUUCGAUUCGAAACAGCAAGAGGACGGAGAUUUCUAUGAUUUCGUUCACCCCUUUCGUUAAUAAUUGAUAACAUUUCCAAGUGUGUGUCAUCUUGCGUAAUAUUUGCGAAUAUUGCAAUCACGGAAAUGUUACGUCCGUUCUUCCUAUGCUUCUUCUUCUUCUUUUCUUUUUCUUUUUCUCUUUUCUUCCCCUCCUGUCGGCAACUCUAUGUUUUUAUUUAUAUGAAAAUAUAAGCUUAUCCGCACGUAAUAUCGUACGUGUCCGCGUGAAUAAAAGAUCAAAGACGUGAGACGGAGCUAUAUGCACGUAAGUAGGCGUGACUUUCGUUGUAUACGCGAUACAUAUACGAAAUCAAGGUGGAAAGUAGAGGAGUGUGGUCGCGCGAGGGAAACGAAUUGCGUAAUACGAAUCUGAUCUCGGUACGAUGGGCAAGAGAAAGGAGUCGAUCGACAAGCGCAUUCGUAAUUUUAUGGUCCAGAAGAUGGUGUUAAAAAUAAUUGGUAUUUGGCCAUCGAACGGUGAGAAUUCGUUCUUUGGCAGAUGGAUUUUCGCCGUGACGACACAAAUCGGUAUUAUCUACAUCCUGUCCCUGGAAAUCUAUCGCCAUUGCCUCGACAUCGACGACGCGAUGGACGCAUUCGUCAUGGAUCUAUCGGCCGUCAUCAGCCUCGCCAAACUUCUUAUCUUACGUUUGAAUUCGAAACACACUUGGGUUCUUAUAAAUUCGGUGGUGAACGAUUGGUCGACCGUUCACGAUUCCCGCCACGAAUACAUUAUGAUGGAAUACCUUAAGAAAGGACGAAUCGUCUCUCUGAUGAUACUUUAUUUGGGCUACGCUUCCGGAUUUUCUUUCAUCGUCAAAGCUUUACCUUUCGGAGAUAUUCUGCCGUUCCAGAUGUUUCAAAACUCGAAAAAUUCAUCGAUGAAUCCGGAUAUUCCUUUGAAAUUGAAUUAUUUCCUGGCGUCCUAUUGCGUGUUCGGAUCGUUGCCUUUGCUCCAUCACGUUUGCGUGCUAGUGUUGCAAGGAAUAUUCAUUUUCGUCAACGCGGUCGCUCAUUGCGGCAACGACGGAUUGUUCUUUAGUUUAACUAUGCACUUGUGCGGCCAAUUCGAGAUUCUCAAGAUGAGAAUUGCCAAAAUCGAGUUUGUCGACCAGAGCAAGAUCGGUCCACUCGUGAAACGACAUUGCCAACUCGCGGUACUCGUCAACGAUUUAGAACAGACUUUCAACAUGAUCAUAUUUGUACAAUUAUUGAUGAGCGCAUUGCUGAUUUGUGUGGACGGUUUUGUGUUUUUGGUCUGCUUAAACACAAAGGACAACAUCGGUGCAUUGAAAAGCAUGGUCCUGAUGGUAACUUUGCUCAUACAGUUAUAUCUUUACGCCUACGCUGGCGACGCUCUCGAAUCUCGAACCGAAGAAAUCGCACAAGCCGCCUUCCAUUCAUUCUGGUAUCAAUCUCGAGGACGCACAGCAAGAGAUCUAAUACUGAUAAUCUGUCGUGGAAAUUCCUCUUACCAUGUGACAGCCGGUAAAUUCGUUUUCAUGAAUAUAUUCACCUUCAAAGAAAUACUGAAAAGUUCAGCAUCCUACCUAUCCGUCUUGAGAGUAAUGAUGGACACAUGAAAAUUGUUUGAUUAUCGAUAUUAUGUAUUCAUCUCACAAUAUUUGAUAUACUCUUCAGUGGUGUAAUAAAGAUGGUAUUAUUACUAUUCGAUGAGAAAAAACAA